GGGUUCGAGUCGAUCGGGUCAGUUUGGUGGAUUUUAACCUGGGCUCUCGGCUCUCGGCUCUCGCUGCUCUUGUUUUAUUCUUUAUAGUUGUUGUAGAAAUAUGAGCGAGGAACCAUGAGGCGCCUGCUGCUGCUCGCCCUGGGGCUGCUGCUCCUUCAUCACAGCUGCUGCUUUGAGUUUGUGAUAAACGGAGACUGGGAGGACGAGGAGCCUGGAGUCAACCGUCAUCAGAGGCAGAAGAGAGCCGCGCUGACCAGCGAGGAAGACCAGCCCUUUGAGGCCGUCCGGGGCGAUGACAUCACGGUGAACAGUUACCUGGUGGAGAGCCGCAUCACGUCGCGCUUCGCCCACACCUCGGUCCGCAGCUCGGUGCUGAACUCCGGCUCCAGAGCGCAGAGCAUCGGCUUCAACGUCCAGAUCCCCAAACGGGCGUUCAUCUCCAACUUCACCAUGAACGUGAACGGCAUCACGUUCGUGGGCUCGGUGAAGGAGAAGGCGCUGGCCCGCCGGCUGUACGCCCAGGCCAGCUCCAGGAACAAGGCGGCGGGGAUCGUGAGGACCAACGCCCAGGACCUGGAGACCUUCACCACGGAGGUCCACGUCCCGCCGGGCAGCAGCGUCUCCUUCGAGCUGCACUACCAGGAGAUGAUGGAGCGCCGGCUGGGCAUGUACCAGCACAACCUGUUCCUGCAGCCCGGACGGCCGGUUCCGCAUUUCCAGGUGGACGUCUACCUCUACGAGCCGAAGGAAAUUUCAAAGCUGGAAACGCCAAACACUCUGGGAGAGCGGUUUGCAAAUCUGAUCCAAGUCUCAGCCACCAAAGACAAGGCUCACAUCGUCUUCAAGCCAAAUUUGCAACAGCAGAGAAAAUGUGAGAAUUGCUCCGGCAGCGCCAUCGACGGCAUCUUCUCUGUCCAGUACGAUGUGACCAGAGACAGCAACGCCGGGGAGCUGCAGGUGUCAGAUCUUUAUUUUGUUCAUUUCUUCGCUCCUUCAAACCUCUCUCCUCUUCCUAAAAACAUCGUGUUCGUCAUCGACGUCAGCGGCUCCAUGUGGGGGGUCAAGAUGAAGCAAACGGUGGAAGCCAUGAAGGCGAUUCUGGACGACCUGAAGAUGGAAGAUCGCUUCAGUAUCAUCGACUUCAACCACAACGUGCGCUGCUGGAGCGAGGAGCUGCUUCCCGCCUCUCCUCUGCAGGUGGCUGACGCCAAGCGAUACGUCCAGAACAUCAAACCCACCGGAGGCACCAACAUCAACGAGGCGCUGAUCCGAGCCGCUCAGAUGCUGGUCAGGGCGAACAGCCAGGGCUUCGUCGACCCGCGCUCCGUCUCCAUGAUCAUCCUGGUGUCUGACGGAGACCCCACCGUAGGAGAGAUCAAGCUCAGUAAGAUCCAGAAGAACGUGAAGCGAGUGAUGACGGAGGAGCUCUCUCUCUUCUCGCUGGGCAUCGGCUUCGACGUCGACUACGACUUCCUGGAGCGCAUCGCCAUGGAGAACAGGGGCGUGGCCCAGAGGAUCUACGCCAACCACGACGCAGCUGAGCAGAUCCGGGCCUUUUACAGCCAGGUGUCGUCCCCCCUGCUGAAGAAGGUCACCGUCCAUUUCCCAGAGGGCGCGGUGACCGACGUCACCCAGAACCACUUUGAUAAGUUCUUCGGCGGCUCGGAGCUGGUGGUGGCCGGGAAGGUGCAGCUGUCAGACAGCAACACGCUGACCAGCUUCACCUCUGCUUCAGCUGCCAGCCUGCAGCUCAGCCUGGAGACUGAGACUGACAUCACAGAGCUGGACCUGGAGCUGGCCAAGCAGCAGCACUCCUUCACUGGCUUCGCCAGGCAGAUGUGGGCUUACCUCACCAUCAAACAGCUGAUCAGGGAGCGGUCUCUGGUUACAACAGUUGGAAAAAAGAGAAAAAUCACCAAACAGAUCACAGAGCUGGCCCUGCAGCACAGCUUUGUGACGCCGCUGACCGCCCUGCUGGUGGAGAGCGAGGACGCCACCGAGAGGCUGCUGGCCGACUCGGCCCGGGACCCGAGGCAGGGCUGCUGCUCAGGCGUCCAGACUCUCUCUGGUCCGCCGUCCGUCAGCGUGGUCUACGCCACUCCGCCCCCCUGGAUCCAAGUCCCCAUCACGACCCCUUCCAGUCAGGUCCUGAGUGGCCCCGUGGACACGAUUCUGCCUGCAACGGUUAACUUGGUGGACGGAGACCCUCACUUCAUCAUCCGCCUGCCUGGAAGCAACAUGGACGUCUGCUUCAACAUCGAUUCCGAACCGGGCCACAUCCUCAGCCUGGUGUCCGACAUGGGAACAGGUGUGGUGGUGAACGGCCAGCUGAUCAGCUCCAAGCAGCCUCACAAAAACAGACGCAGCUCCUACUUUGGCAUCGUCUCCGUCUACCACCAGCCUGCCGGGGUCAGCGUGAAGGUCGCCACCGACCGGAUCUCCAUGGCUGACGGCGGCGGCGGCGGCGACCACUCGUUCACCUGGGGCGCCACGGCUGACGUCGUCCAGGACAGCGUCAGGAUCUCCAUUGUGAAGAACUCCCACGUCACCGUCACCAUUGACAACAGCAUCCGGGUGACGGUGCUGCUCCACCGGGUCUGGAGGAAACAUCCAGUCAACGUGGACUUCCUGGGCCUCUACAUUCCCAGUGAUAACCAGUACUCUCCACUGGUCCAUGGACUCAUAGGGCAGUUUUCCCGAGAGCCUGAGGUGAGCGUGUACGACGUCCAUGAAGGACCCGACCCGCUGAAGAAGGAGGCCACCAUGAAGGUCAAAGGUCACACGCUGCGGGUCACCAGAGGCUGGCAGAAGGACUUCAGACAGGACAGGAAACGCGGUUCCAACGUUUCCUGCUGGUUCGUUCACAACAGCGGCAAAGGAUUCAUCGACGGUCGCUAUGACGACUACAUAAUGCCGGAUCUGAUCAGCUUCCUCCCGACGGUGUGAUCAGUUUCUCAUUUUAAUCAUUUUCCACAGAACACACAGAGAAACUUAUCGGCUUUAUUAGAACAAAAUGUACAUUUUUAACCAUUAAUGUUGAAAAAUUAAAAUAAUUCCACCAAG